UAUGAGGUCCAAAUGAGACGAGAAUCGCCAUCCCUGAAACACGAAGUCGAAGAGGAAGAAGAAGAAGAAGAGGAGGAGGAAGAGGGGGAGGGAGAAAGAGAAGGAAAGGAAAAGGAGGGAGAAGAGGGCGUUUCUCUUGUGGAAGAGGAAGAGGUGGAGAUGGGCCAACGAACCACCAGCAUUCCCGAACCCGUAUUCACUCUUUUCGCCUUCCUCGCUCGUCAGGGCAUUCACAUCAGUGACCUCUUUCGUCGUCCGGGUAACAUCAGUCAAAUGAAGGUUAUUAGUUCCAGUUUGGCUAAAGGUGAAGUUGUAGACUGGUCCGCCUACAACGUAUACACAGUAGCAAAUGUCGCCAAGCGCUUUCUCCUUAGUGUUCCCGGCGGCAUUUUUGGAGAACACAACGAGCGUCGCCUUCUAGUGGCUGCUGUGCCUCCCAGCUCCCCUCACUCACCUCAUCCACCUUCUUCCGUUUCCGGCACCACUUCUACUACGACCACUGCAUCAUCCGCACAGCACCGUCUUCCCAGCAAACUUCAGCAUGCUCCGGGCUUCCAAACAUCUCACGUAGAGACGAUAGCGGAGGGUAGUACUGCAGGUUAUGGAAGUGGAGGGGAGAGUGGAGCGAACGUCUUUGUCUCCUCCCCCUUUACCUAUCGAACGGGAUUUUUGUGUGACUUUGGAAUGCUGCCCCCUUCGCCUGUGGAAAUUGAUCAAAUUGACUUGUUUAUUGAGAUUCUUGACACUCUGCCUCCUCCGUGCCGCGAGUUGGCGAUAAUUAUUUUCGGCAUCCUCCACAGUAUGGUUCGUCAUGCGGGUUUUGAGGUGACUACAGGGUGUCAUGCCUGCACUCCCUCCACACCUUCUCGCCCCUCCUCUUCCUUCCUGCAGGCUCCACAAACUACUUCACUCUCAAAUCCGCCCCCACCUCCACCAAUCAGAACAUUGGCCGAGGCUGUGUCCAAAUCUGUUGCUGGUGCCCUCCUUCAUACCUGUCCCCUCUCCGUUGACAUGGUCGACAGGGGCUCACAGGUUCGCUCAAUUCUAAUGACGUUAGAUAUUUCUUUUUCUACCAACUUUGAAGGCCGUGACCCAAUAGAACGAAUUUGUAUCUUGGGCUCAAAGGACUUUCUUUCUCCGCCAACCUCGGUCGACCGUGGGUGGAAGGAGGAAAGGGAGCGUGAAGAGGAGGAGGAGGAGGAGCAGCAGCAGCAGCAGAAGGAGGAGGAGGAGAAGCAGGAGGAGAGGAUGCAAACUGCUUACUUGACUUCACCCAAAAAUCUCAUUUAUCCACUUUUUAAUUCAAUGUAUAACGUAAUGCAAACCCUGAUUCUUCGAUACGCUCAUCUGGGGGGGGCAAUCACCACCUUCUACACGGACCUCCUUCUUGGACAUGUGCGCUCAAACCUCUUCUCCUCCUCCUCCUCCCCCUCCUCUGCAGUCAUUCCCUCGAUGUCUCAGGUCGUUAGCAGCUUCAUUGUGCCUCCUACUUCCACGUCUCGAAUAAAAAAAUCGAAAGGAAAAAAGACACUUCGAAAGGGCCAAGGUGUCGAGGAGGAGAAGUACACGCCACCAGUGGGUCGAAUCCUCGCAUUGGCGUCCCGGCUGCUCUGCCUUACACGAAGCCGUCUUGGAGGAGGAGGAGAAGGUGAGAGGAGCAGCCAAGCCGCCACUCACCCUUUCGCCUACACAACUCCCUCACCCUCCUCCAUAGUCAGCGUUCCACCACCUCAACCGCCAGCAACGAUAACAAAGGCUGAAGUUGCCACCAAAAUACCAGUCACUGCUGCUGUUACCGAGUUGCCGUCGGCAGAGCCAAAAGACGUCGGAAAGGAGAAUCAUGACUCUCCGAAAGAAGAAACCGAUGACUCUGAUGGCGCGGUACAUCCCCACACCCUUACUCGCUCCUACAUUCGGCGCUCCCAUAGCCGAUACCGAGCUGUUCAUCGACGUCAAAUGGAAGCGAUGCUUCGUCGAACUGCAUGGUUUCUUGGCUCCAACGUCACCACUGCCACCGCGGUCCCAGCUACCACUACCACGACUCCCGGCACCGCCCCCCAAUUGGUCGUGACCUCAGCAGGUGUGCCAUAUGCUCCAACUUCCACUCAAUCAUUGCUGGAGAUCGGAUCACCACUGGACCUAGAGGAGCAGCAGCACCAAUUUCAGCAGUUGCCGCAUUCCCCUGAAGGUCUAACAGUGCCCUUCUACCUCAGUCCGCUGCCUCGCAUCAGUGUGACAAGCAUCCGCAGUGCACCGACCUGCCAAGAGUCACCUACCACUCCUCGUCAAGUAGAUUCAGGAGAUGAGGAAGAAGAAGGAGAGAAGGCACUUGUGGAGGAACGAUCGAGGAGCAUUCCACGACUUAAGUGA